AUGCCACUGCUCUUUCCAGCUUCUCUAGUGACCCAAAAGGCUACUUUUACCACUACAACAUCAAUGUGGGCAACAUUGAACCAGAUCAAGCGUGGAGCAGAGAAGCCUAAGCGCAAGAACGUCACAGUUUCACCAGAUUUGCAAAGGUGCCCGAUCAGGAAAGGUGUGGUACUCAGAGUUAUGGUCCUAAAACCAAAGAAACCAAACUCUGCGCAGCGUAAGGCCUGCAGAGUAAGACUCACCAAUGGAAACGUCAUUUCAGCCUAUAUUCCAGGGGAAGGCCACAAUGCCCAAGAGCACAGUAUAGUCUAUGUCCGUGGUGGCCGUUGCCAGGAUCUGCCCGGUGUCAAGUACCAUCUGGUUCGCGGAGCAGGCGAUCUCAGUGGUGUGGUUAACAGAGUCACCUCGAGGUCAAAGUACGGUGUCAAAAGACCCUCCAAGGACUGA